GUGGGCGGGAGAAUCUGUCUUUGCGCUACUGUUCGCACAAGAUAGAUGCUUAGUAAAUUGGUUUUAUUAUUUGUGAUGCCAUAAUCAAGCCAUGUUGCCGUCGCAGUUCGUUUUGAAAUCUUCAUUACCUUAGUGGUCUGUGAUGUAAAUGUGAAUGCAAUCAUGGUCAAAAUUAUUUCCCUUUUAAGGCCAGUGAAAUUUCACUGAGUCCUAGCUAAAUCAUCCGACAAUUUCGUCACUGAAUAUCGGCCACAUCACGAGUAGAUACGCUGUGCUCAAGUCUUACAACCGCUAUUCACUUUAGAUCAGUCACUCAUCCGAAGCUCCCAACUUUGGGGAAAAACCCCAACGUUCAAGGAAAUUUUGGAGUUCUUGUCCCAUUUCAACAAAAUUUCUCGUAAAUUUCCCCAAAAUAGGUAAACUUUUCCCCAAAAUUGCGAGCUCGGGAUCCCUUAGGCUAAAUAGAGUUUUGGCAUUAGAACCGAUGUUAGUUCGUGAUGAAAACUGAAAAUCUUAUUCUUAACCAUAACCAUCAAGUAAAAAUCAUAAUUCUAAGUCCUCAUACUGGCUUAUAACUCUCAUUCAGUCCUGGUUAUUAGGUGGACACUCAAGGUCUCUAACGCCGGUCAAUUGACAGUCUAUGAGUUGCCUUUAACGGUCACAUAAUUUUCUAACUCAUGACUCACUAGCGUUUCAUAGAUCGUGGUAAACAUAGUUGUAUCUAACUGGGCAAAAACUCCUUAAUGCGUGUAACACCUAAAACCGUUUAUUUGUGACUACACGUCAGUGAGCCGUGGUCUUACGAUUACGGUUUACUGUUGCCCAUAAGUAAUUGUGGGACAGAAUUAAAGGCUACGAACGUUUAUGUACCCACUCUGGACAUCGACUGAAAAAAAUUUGCGCCAGUGUGAUUUAAAACUUUGGCUGUCUAAAUACCACAAGUGACUUCCAUGCCUCACUAAUCUACUUUGCAUAUUUUUUUGGUUGACAGAAAGCAUUGACACUCUUAUCAGUUGCUGUAAGGAAACACUUUUUUAUGCUAACAUCAGUCAACUGUCUUAUUUCCUGUUCCAUGACUUUCAGUUUAUAGCCGACUAUGAAAAAAUGGCGUAACACAAUGUAUAACACUAUUUGCCAGACAAAUCAAUGACGUGUUGUAGAAGUUGCAAUGAAAGAUGUCUGGAAAAUGGAAUAUGUAAAUAACUGAAUGAAUAUCUCUCAACCUCUGUUAGUGAAUUAAAGCCAGUUGUUGUGAAUCUUUUGAAUUGUCUACAUACAGUGAUAAUAUAUCCGACCAAUCUGUCGUGGCAAAUUGGUUUAUGAAAACUGCUUCAAUUUUUAGAGGAUUUACUGUUUUUGCAUUAAAAGUGAUCUUAAGCUCAUUUGAAAAUCCGCAAGUUCCAAAGAUGUCAAUUAGUCAGAUAGUCUUCGGUUGCGGUCCGCUCGAUAACGUCGAUGAUUGAUUAAAGGUGCUAAAUAGAAUGACUUAGAAAUUAUCAAAAUAGCUCAAGUAUGUGGAUUCUCUGUCUUCCUCUAGACUUUGGUUUCCAGCAUCUCAUGCCUAUGUUUCCCUCUUGUCGUCCCAAAUCAUAUUUCAAAUGCUUAGUUCUUAUAAUUACAAUUUAUACUACAUUGUUUCGAUUUUUUAGUUAUUCAUCUUGUUACUUUCAUUUCAUUGUGCUAAUGUGUUCGCUUUGGCCCAGUGCACGUUUAUGCCGACUCUACGUUGAUUAUGGGCAAAUAUUUUUAUUUAUUUAUUAUUUAUUUGAACACAAAUAUUGGUCCAAGAGGGCACCAAAUAUAUAUGCGCCAAAUAAAAUGAAAAUAACGAUGGCCGAAUAACAUGGUAUUUUGCUCCACAAGGUUAUAAUGAUAUGUGUUUAGCUACGACGGUCAUGUAUAUUUCGUGUAAUUUUUUCAGAGAUCUUUCCUUCAUGUCCUUGAAUUUCGCUACUAUUCUCCGUUAGUUUUUAGUCUGCUUGUGAAAUCUUUGUUUUAUUGGCAAAUAGCUAUUUAGUAGUUUAGUUGUAUAAAAAUUAUGUAUCAAAUAUAUUUUACGAAUCAAUGGACAAGUGAUUUUGACACAUUACUUAGUUUUUAAGGUAUAAAUAGUAGUACUUGUUUUCAAUUCGUUUCCAUUUUUAAUAAAAGAGAUUUAUGUGACUUUACUUUGAGGCUUCAUCUAAAUGUUCCAAGGGUUAAUAGUUUUCUGAAUUUUGUAUUUAUUUCUUUUCAUUUACAUCCAUUUUAUUGAUACCAUACAGUUGUCGUAUCACCUUUGUAAUGUCAUUGGACUUUAGUGGUACUCUUCCCAAAUACUGCUUGUCCAGAAGUUUUGGCCAAGUGGGAUAUUUUGUUGGCUGUUUUAGAUUUGUUUUCUGAAGAAAAAUAAAGCUUAUCCUAAUUAAUGAUUAAUAUACCGGAUUCAAUCCUAGAGCAAAUUUUUAUUUAUUUGAAUUGGAAUGAACGUUCACGAGCUGCUCGUGUGUGUAGAAAGUGGUAUAAUGUGUUUCAAUCCCCUGUCUUGUGGAGGAAAAUCGUUUUUAAGCCACCGUGUCGUCGACUAACAAAACUUCAAUAUGAUAUUAAAGGCUAUCGUUUGUCUUGUUGCUUAAAGGCAAUUGGUUGCCAUAUUCGCAGCUACAAGUUUUUGAAAACUGAUGACUUGUUCCUACUUAAUCGAACGUUAAAUCUUGUUGCAAAGUUUCUUGAAUACAGUUUCAAAUUAGAUGUACAGAAGAAUGAACCUAAUAAUGCCUGCGAUUCAAAUGGUAAUGAAUAUAGUGACCUACCUAAAGAAAUUGAAAACUUAUCAUAUGGAAAUCCGAACAGUAAUGUAAUCCGUGAAACAGACUAUGGACUUGCUGGUUUCAUCAUUGAAGGUGACCCAGAUGCCGAAGCUACGCUCAGGCUAAUAUUUGAGCUACAAGAGCCUGAAAUUCAGGAUUUUUCAACUGAUUUAUCCUCUGAAAAUAGUCAAGCUGAUUUAUUCAAUGAUUUAGAGCAAUUUCACUCGCAUAGAAUGUCUUCUAUUAGCUAUCCUCCAUCUCAUCGUUAUGAUUGUAGCAGCUUCAAACGCAGUAAAAGCUCUCAGUAUCCCUCACCUGUGUCAAAUUUUUCAGCUUUUCACCACCCACCUAUUGUUCAUUCUUUUGAAUUGGAUUUUAAUUCUGAAGUCGAUGAUUCGCGUGGUCUUGUUUAUGGAACUGGUGGUGCGUUGCUUAGAACGAUUAGCCGAGUGAUACGUCAGUUAAGUGAGCUUCAUCGUCUCCACCUAGUGGAUCUUUUCCUUGUUUCCAAUGACGCCAGACAGUUAGUUUGUGAAAUAAGUGAUGUUGCUUCACAUUGUCUAACUGAUCUCAAUCUUGUUCACUUCCAUAAGUCAUCUGUCAAUGCAAUAACCGCAUAUCAUCGUGAGUAUAUGCCAGGUUUUGCAAAUUCGGUCUCUGAUGAACAUCAAACUACUAACAACGUUUCCAAUAACAAUAUCCACCAAUGUUUCACUGAAGAUUGGUACCUUUUGGAUCCUCGUUGGCUUAGUGCUCGAUCUCAACGGACCAGCGAUAAUCCUUUGUGUGAUUUGUCUAGUCUUUUCCCUAAAAUUAUACGUCUUACUUUGAGUCCAACUCAGUUAACCGGUUCAAUGCUUCUUCGACUCCUAUAUCAAACUUCGUUGCAUCAAUUAUCUUUAAUUCAAACUGAUUUGACUGUAUUUACCAUACCUCAUUCUGAAAAUUCUGCUGUUCAACGAACUAUUUCAUAUGAUUCUGAUGAUUUAAGUAUGGGAUUUAAUGAAGAUCAAAGUUUUGAUCCUAGUGAUUCAAGCAUGCUGGAUUUGAUUGAUUGGACUGAAGAUAUUCCACGUAUUCGAAGAUAUGGAACUAAUCAAGAUACAACAUCAGGUUGGAAACCAAUACCUUCAAACGUGUGGCGUGCUGCUCUUAUCCUAUGUCCACAUCUUACCAUUCAUUUGAAGCUGGAAUUAGUUGAAGAUUUAACUUGUUUACGGUGGAAAAGUUCUUCAUCAUCUGAUAAAUUCAAUUCAAUUCAUAAUUUACUGUCUUAUUGGCCCGUUCCUCCUGCACCGGUCACUUCAAUCACAUUGAUUCUAACUGGAGAACCUGCAUUUAUGGCUGGUUUAUUAAGUCCACAAAAUACAAUCAAUCCUAUAUCUUAUUCACAAUCACUUACAUCAUUGAUAAUAUUAUUGGAAAAUAUACCUUCUGAAUUGAAUAUAUCUGGAUCAAUUAAACGAUUUGAUGAAUCAUGUAAAGAUAAUCAUUCAUAUGGAUUAGAUCAUGUUCUACAAGAUUUGAUUAAAGCCUGUCCACAUCUUAAUCUACUAGCUCUUGGUGGUUCAAGUGCUUAUGUGCAUAUUUUAACCUUAUUGGUAAUAUGUCGUCAAAGAAAUCAAUGUUGUAAUUCUAUGAGUGAAUGUAAAUACAGUCCAUUACAAUUAGUUAUCCAAAAAGAAUGUUGUCAGUUAGAUGGUGUUUGUCCAUUAACUGUUCCAGCUACAAUAUCUACAUGGUAUAAUGCAAUGAUGACUGAAUCGAUAUCGUCUAGAUUAAGAAUAGCAGAGUGUUGCAUUUGUACUGCAUUAGGUCAACGUCGAUGGCAUUUUUUAACAAAUUCAGAAUUUCAUAAUCAACUUAGUAAUUAUUUGUUAUAAGUUAUUUAUUUACUUAUUAUCUAUUAAUGAGUUGUUUUUCCUUUUGUUAAACAAUGUUUUCCCUUAUCCUACUCACCAUUUUUGGAUAAUUUUAAUUUCUCUAAUUUUUUUUCAUCCCUUUACUUGUACUUUGUGUUUUGCUUAUCCUUAGUCUUUCAUAAACCAUCUUUGAAUUUUUUAACAUAGACACAAAUAGAAUGAUAUUUGCAUGAAUGGGAUGAUUUUUUAAUUUAUCCUAAAUAUAUAACGAAAAUUUAAUGUUAUCACUAAAUAUUAUUGAAUCAAUUUGUCAGUUAAAUUGUAAUUGGAUUUUUGCAUUUCUUUUUACCUUUGUGCCUUCCUUUUUGGUUGAUUAAUCUUUGAUUAUUUAUUAUGAUUUCAGUCUGAAUAUUUAUGCUUAUUAAAAAGAAAAUUGUAUUGUGGUUUUCUA